AUGGCUUCGUUAGUCAAGCCAGAGAUCGUAUGUGGCUGCAUAAGGCAGCUUUGCCCACUCUCGGCGGAUGUCAUUAUUGAUCUUUUGCCGAAGGUCACUGCAUCCCUGUGGAUUCGAGAUGCCCAGCUAUUGUCCAAGAAAUUCCGACUGCUAGUUGAGGAGUGGCAGUGCAUGCAACUCAUCCGGACAUCUUUCGCCUGGGCUGCAUUGUGCUAUUUGCCUGCUGCAACUGCCGGCCUCGAAAUCACCUCUUCUCGUGCCAUGCAGUAUUGCUUUACCGGUCAAAUCAAGAUUUACGUGCGCACACCGAAGCUAUCAGACCGACUCAACGAUCUUCCUCCAAUACUGCAAACCUCGCACGAAGACGGUGACCAGGAAUCAUGGCUUAUGAUACUCGUUUUACUCAUGCCAAUGAACGUCAGAGGAUAUGUCUUCCGACUGAACGUCCAGUAA